AUGAGGAAUUUCAAAAAUUCAGCCUUGGAUAUUGAAAUUAAAGUUGCACAUUGGAAGGUUGCUAAGCUGGACGCGGAAAAGAGGAAGAUUAAAGAAGAAUUGAUGUCGGUGCUUCCAGCACGGAUGAUGUGUUGGUGUUUACAUGUCAACAAGAUUAGAUAUGAGAAGUCGCUAGUAAGUGAUUGUGCAGCAGUAGUUCCAGAUGGUGAGGGUACGAAUAAGGUGUUGUAUAAUUUUUUGAACGAACCAGUUCCUCACUUCGUAGAGAAUAUACUUAGAUUGUCACCAAAUUUUGGUAUAGAAUUGGUUCCAAAAAGUGUUCCUAUACCAACACUCAUUAAAGAUAUGGAGUUUGGUAUCUCAAGGAUAAAGGACCUGACCCUCGAAGAGAAAGAAUUAGAUAAUUUAAAGAAUAGUGUUAGACUUGGAGCUAUUAAUUCGAUUACUAAUUAUUGUAAUUCUACCAGAAGGUGGAAGAACAGAGAUGGUAAGAAGAUGAAGCAAGAUCUAAGACAAACUAAAGAGUUUCUUGAAAAUAGGAAGGACAUCGUUGUUAUGCGUGCGGACAAAGGGGGAGCGACGGUGUUGAUGAAAAAAGAUGAGUAUGAGCGUGGAAUGUUGGAACUACUGAAUGAUCAGGCUAUUUAUAAAAAAGUGAAUAAAGAUCCAACUGCAAGAUACCAGAAUAGGAUUAAUACUGUGAUAGAUGAUUUGUUAGAGGAAAAGUUGAUUGAGGAGAUCCAAGCAAAAAGUUUAAAGUCACAUAAUUUUUUACCACCAAGACUUUAUGGAUUGCGAAAGAUAAACAAACCAGGUUGUAAGCUUCGCCCUGUUAAUUCCAUUGAAAUGGUAAAUUUCUUAAAUGAAGUUAGAUUACUACCUGAUUAUGUUUUGGUCUCCUUGGAUGUUGUGUCAUUAUUCACAAACAUACCGAAGGCAUUAGUGUUGACGAUAAUAGAAGAGGAAUGGGAGUCCAUCACGGAGCUGGUUAAAGUCCCAAAAAAUACGUUGUGUAAUCUCAUAAACGUGUGUUUUGAGACUAGUUAUUUUAAGUUCAUGGAUGAGUUCUAUCUCCAGCUAGAUCGUUCGAGCAUGGGCAAUCCAGCGAGCCCGGUUUUGGCGAACAUUGUGAUGGACUACAAGAAUAAUUACCCGGAUGAUUUCAUAGAUUGCUGUAUUGGAAGAUUUAAUACAGCACACAUGAAUGAUAGUAAUACUCAGUCAGGUGACAGACAGGAAAAUAGAUUCAAGUUUCCGUUUAUAAAAAGGCUGUCACAAAGUAUUACAAGGUGCUUUGGAAUAACUGACUGGAAGCCAGCGUUCUAUAACAUUAGGAAAGUCAGUCAGAUUUAUACAAAACUGAAAGAUAAGAUGAACACUGAGGAUAUAUCUAAGUUGUGA